UUGUCAGUUCAGCAAACCGAAUAGCACAAGCGAAGAUUGUUUACAUCGUUCAAUUAGUGAAAAAUCUCAGUAAUAUCUCAUUCUCUCGAAGUUUCCAAGAAAAAAGAGGCCAUGCCUCUAAACGGAACAGAAAAUGAUGAGAUACAGCACGUGGAGGCAGUUAAUUUUGCAGAUAAUCAAACCAGCGUCUGCAGAAUUUGUUGCAGACCGGAGAAAUGUCUUCUCCCUAUUCAUGAGGGUCAUUUCGAGGAGCUUCCCUACAAGCAAAUCUAUCAAGAAGUCAUCAGGCAGCCUCUUAAGGAGUACAGAAAUCAUCCUCUUAGGAUUUGUGAGGCAUGUGUGACUGAUAUGCUGAAUUCCUACAAAUUCCGGAAGAGAUGUCUUGAAACGGAAGAGAAGCUUAAAGACCUGGAGGGAGUGCGUGAAGAGAUUAAUGAUCUUCGGAUUGUUAGUAUUAAAGAGGAAGUUUGUGACGCUGAAUUUUCUGUGCAGCUAAAUGAUGAAAAUCCUUGGAAAACACAAGAAAAUGGCGAAGAAAGCCGUCCAACAAACGCCAACAAUGUCACUGAUACGCCAAUUCAGGAAGAAAAUCGCACUGAUUUCAGAAUGAUGGACGACAAUCAAGAGCAAGAUAAUCCAGAUCAGACUCUCUACGAUCAAGAGAUGCUCAAUGCGGAAGAAAAUUCAACAGAAAGCUCCAGCGCAUGCAGGAUUUGCCUCGAUCACAAGAAGGAACUCUUCUCCAUCGACGAAGGGAUUUUUGAGGGUAUCCCUUACAAGGACAUCUACCAGGAAUGUAUUGGACAGACUCUCAAAGAAUACAGAAAUUAUCCUCUGAAGAUUUGUCAACCGUGUGAGACUGACAUGCUGAAUGCAUACAAAUUCCGAAAGAGAUGCCUCGAAACAAAUAAUAAACUUGAGGAGUCAGAAAAUGCAUUUCAAGAGACGAAUGAUCUUCUCGUGGAAAUUAAACAUGAAAUGGAUACCUGGUCCCUUCAACUAGACGAGAAUGAAACAUGGGAUGAGCGAGAUAAUAAUGAGGAUGACCAAGAGACAACCAUGGAAAACAAUGAAAAUGAUCCGCAGCAAUUUCGACGCAAUGAUGAAUCUUCUUCAAGGGAAUGCCAAGAAAUUGACAAUGAAUCUCCAAUGUUUGAUGACGACGCAGAAGUUGAUGCUACAAACCCAACGGUAGAAAAACAUUCAAACAAAGAUCAUUCUACUGCUCGUGCGAUGGUUAUUCUUGAUGGAGCGUGUCGGAUUUGUCUCAAACCUGAAAGUCGUCUCAUUUCUCUCCUCGAUGGGGUUUUUGAAAAAUGUUCCUACAUGGAAAUCUACCAGGAAACUCUUGGCCAGCCCCUCAAGGAGUACAAGAGUCAUCCACCGUGGAUUUGUCAGCCGUGCGAGCAUGAUAUGUUGCAUGCUUAUAAAUUCCGUAAACGGUGCCUCGAAACUGAUGAGAAAAUUCAAAUGCUGGAGGAGAAUUUCCUUCUUAGAAAAAUAAGAGAAGAGCUGCCAACCACCUCAAGUAUUACAAAAUCAGCAACGUCCGUAUCUAAUGCGGCGGAAAGUUCGUAUGAAUCGGAGCAGGAUGAAGAUGACAUCAAAUCCACGUCAUGUACGGAAGACAAUGUUACGAAGGAAGAUGAGAAAGAUGAAGAAGAUGAAAGGCCACAUUCCCCAAGGGUUACAAGGCGAAAAAUGGCAAGAAGGCACACGAUACAUGACACAGAUCAAAGUGAUGAUCUUCACUUGCUUUCACUUGUUCCCAAAAUUGUACUCAGAAAGUUGGACAAUACAAAGAAAUCGAAGGAAAAGCCCGGAAACAGUAAGAAAACUCACGCAAAAGAACCAUCAAAUGCACACAAAUAUACAACAAGAGGAUCAAAAAGCUCACGUUAUGUGGACCCCGAAGAAUCAGAGAGCGUGAUGAGUGAAGAAAAUGAAUCACAGAAGACAUAUAAAUGUGAUUUCUGUCCAAAAAUCUCCGCAAAUCUCUCUAAUCUUAAAAAUCACAUGCUGCUAGCCCACGAAAAAUCCCAAAUGGUAAAAUGUGACAUGUGCGGGAGGAACGUUAAAAAGACUUUUCUGAAAUUUCAUCUUAAGAGUCAUGAAGUUAAUGAGCUGAAGAAAACAUCUGAUGCGUCUGAUGAGAGCAUAAAAAAGCCUUACCAGUGUUCGCACUGCCCCAAAAGAUUCAAAACUGUUCAUGGUAUAUCUUAUCACACAGUUGCUAUUCACGAGAAGGACAAGAAAAUCAAAUGCCGCAUCUGCCGACGAUAUAUUAAAGAAAAAAUUAUGAAGUAUCACAUGAAAACACAUGAGAAAUAGGAUCCCGCAAUCACACAGGAGCCACAGGAGAGAUCUUAAUGUAUGACGAUGUAUGAGAAAAUAAAUACGAUCAAUAUAAUAAAUCCUGUAUUUAUUUAAUUUA